CCGCAAUUUUUGAGGAAGGAAAGCUUUUCCAAAACGAAUCUUAAGAUCUCAGUUCUGAUCUAUAUCCCCUUGCACUGAAUAAUUUUUCAGGAAUUCUGUCCUAGGCCUGGUAAUAAAAAGCCUAGUCGAAGAACGCCUAAAAGAAGAACCAAUUAUGAGAUAGAUUUAUUAUGCCCUAAAGUGCAAUAUUCCUCAUUAUGGCCGAAAGAUAGUAAUAUGUGAUCAAAGUGAAAUUAAGUGAAUGCGCCUAUAUUAUAGUUAUCGCAGAAAUCUACGAUGAAAGAUUAUUGUCGAAAGUUUAUGGGACAAAAUAAUACAUUUGAACGAUUGUUGAUAAUAUAUUAAUUUAAUAAGGCCAUGUAAAAAAUAUCCCGGUUUAUCAUCAGUGCCCGCAUCCAUUUUUCGUGCCGCAUGGAUUUUUGUUUUUUAUUUUUAAAAAAUCACUAUUUCCAGCGGACCGUGCGAGGAACCCACGCGAGAUUUUCACGAUGGUCGGCCAUUUUGAAAACACAAGUUCAUAUUGACAACGUGUAUGAUAUUGCGCUUGGGCCUUGGCAAUUACAAUAUUAAUGAAAAGUGUAAUAACAUUGAAAAUAUUAUACCAUAAAACUGUACUGCGUGUUUGAGCAUAUGUUUUACGUGCACCUACUAAAUGUGAUUCGGUAAAAAAUAAAAAAUAAAUCCGCACGGGUUUUUUCUGCUGCCACUGAUGAUAAACCGGGAUAUUUUUUACAUGGCCUAAUAUACAAUUUGAUAUUACACAUAAUUUGAUAUACAACAUGCAAUUUAGAUUAUUUUAAAAAUAUGUCUAAAAUAUAAUAGCGCGGUCUAUCGUUCCAAGACUGAAAAAGAGAUACGUCCCUUUAAUUGUUGUGAUUUAUCUGGGUAUACCAUGCUUGUUCUUUAUAAAAUGUAAACAGCUAUUUCAAUUAAGGUUGUCCCCCGAGCAAAGCGGAAAAGUCGAAUACAAGCGCGAAAGGCUGCUGGGAAUCGCUAAUAAAUGAAUGAAUUUAUUAGCGAUUCCCAGCAGCCUUUCGCGCUCGUAUUCGACUUUUCCGCUUUGCUCGGGGGACAACCUUAAUUGAAAUAGCUGUAUACAAUAAUGUAAAAUCUCAUCUCGUGUUAAUUACAACUAUAUUUAUACAUUUAAAUUAAGGUACAAAUGCAUUACGACGUUGAUCUAGUGAAUAUAAUCCUCCGGCCUAAACCUGCUACCCUAAUUUGCCCAACUAAUGUAAACACUGGUGAUGAAGACAGCCACUAACAACCAUUGACAUAACCCAUUUCUGUUCCCAUGACCAAACAGUUGUGGAUCAAACUGAAAGCAAUUAUGGUUCUCCAAAUUUUUCGCAACAACAUUAAACGCGAGGGCUUCACAAAACGUUACUCCAUCUUUAUACUUGCUUGCUAGGCUGUGGCCAUUAUACUUCGCUGAUCCACAAUAGCUGAAGAUUUCUUCGCAAUAAGAAUGACAGAUUGAUAGUGUUUGGUUAUACCAAAGUUUCUGCUCUGGACUACAGAAGUAGCACAUGAGGUAGUUCAUUCUGUUGUAGCAUCCUUUAUCGCUGGUCAGUAGAGCUGGCAUCUCACGGAAGACCGAGGCCACUUCUGUCCUAUCACAGCAAGCAUUCUCACGAUACCACGUGCAAUUGGAGAGGCUGUACGCCUCUUUUGGAGAACGUCCACCACCUAUCACAAAUAUCAACCAAUUUCAGUAAAGAGUUUGUAUCUAACAAUGAAGUGUUGCAGACAAAACACUGUCAAUAUUGUCACGCAAAACGUCAAAAGCACUUGAAAGGUUUACACCCGAUCAUGCCCCAGUCACGUUUAUUAAAUUAACUAGCCUCACACCAAGGCCGCUCGAAGUUAGACUUUGGUGGGAAACAAACUAGUCCACCGUCACCAAGAAGUGGUUUUUGCAUUAUUCAAACAAGUUACACUAUUUACUUUUUGGGAAAAUAUCCAGUUUUGUAGUAAAUUUUGUAAAGCAAGGGUCACACGUGCGAUGUUUUCUCGCGCAGGCAAGGCAACGGGUCAAAUUUUAAUAAUUGCUUUGCCUUUGCCCACGCAAGAGAAGUGGCAUAACGUGCAAUGAUUUUCUCGUCUGCUAAGGCAAAUGCCAAAGCUAGAGUUUUCCAAAUCAAGGCUAAAUUCAUGAUUUCUUGGCGAAAUUUAGCGCCCUUAAUUUUAGACACAACUCGCAGGUUAAAAGUUUGGUCACUGUAAAGACUAAAGUGUGGUUUGGUCGAUAUAAACAAAAAUAUCAUGUUGUUAAUACAGACUGCCUAAACUAAAGAGAGUAAAGUCCUAUAUUUUAUACUGAUGCGUUUAAUUUAAAAGUAUAUGAAUUUCUAACUUGAAUAAUAGUAUGCAAAGUUUAAGAUAUAUCGUUUUAUGGAUUAGGCACUAGCCGCCCAAAAUAUAUUUUUCUCUAGCCGGUUAGUUUGUCAAGUAAAGCGAUUAUGACUCGUCCCAUAAAGAUUAAAGGUGCUAAAAUUUGUUAUUAACAACAAUGCGUAUUGACUAUUGUCUAUUGUAGUUGGAAUUGUAGGAAAAGUGUUUUGCCAUGGACUAUUCUGAGCUCCGACGAUGGCAAGAAUUAUAGUGUUAUUUUUUGCUAUUUUGUAUUCCUCGUGAAGAGGCCUAUCUCAUUUGAAGUGCCCUAAUUGGAUUAACUCCUUGAAUUAUAGGCCAUUGUAGUUUCACGUGAGCUCGGAUAGACGUUUUAUCUGCGACUGUUCGUCGUUGGUUGCAACCGACCUAAUUUGAUGUCCGUGCUGGCUCCCAUUUACUAACCAUGGGCUAAAAGGCCGCCUAUGGACAGAUUUUAUUUACAAAUUCGUGUUGUCUAACCGUGAGGCUCUGGGAAACACCGGCGACUUUUGCUGCAAGUUUGCCCGCGUAACCGCGUUAGCUUGCGGAUUGCUUAAUAUUGUUUAACUCAUACCAAAGCAUAUGGCAGUGUCACAAUCAGUAGAAAUAUCUACGUAAUUUCAUAGCAUAUAUACUCACCGAAAUAUGUACACAUAUGAGAGUUUCCACUUGUAAACCAAGGCACAUUUAAUAUUGCGCAUAAUGCUAUAAACACACAAUGUUUGACUGCCAUUUUGGCAGAUGUUUACACCUUAUUUCACAUCAUUCAAAAUAACAUUCUAAUCACGUGAGUACCCGGUGCUAUCAUUGGAGACCAUCAACUUCCGGCUGUUGUUCGGCAGUCUUUGGCGUAUGUAAAUUAGACUGAGCACGUGUUCGUCAUUUUGUCAACAAAUAUCACGUUUCAAUAUGGCGCCGGCGAGGAAGCGCAAGAGUGAAAAAAAUAAUGUCGAUUGGUCGUUGAGAAACGCAUUGGACUUUGGAAAGGCAUUGCUGUUUGAUCCCGCAAAAACGUGGAUUGUAGCAGUGUUGCUUUUUGUAGCCGAACUACUGGUUAAUUUGCUUGUUAUAUGGAAAGUAAAAUGUAAGAAUUGUAGGCAUGAGUGAUUGAGUGGCUUAUAUUGCAGUCUGCAAUUAUUAUCUGGUUCUCGACCCAGGAAAUUGAUUUCCAUAAACGAUCUAGUGUAGGAUACUGUAUCAAUUAGGUAAUCAAUUCCCAGGUCACAAAGUUGUAUUCCUGCAAUUUCUAUAUUUUUAAUACAGGGGGUUUACGGUUAGCACUUUUUUCCAUCCAGCAAACCGCCCUAUCCAUUUUCUAAAGUCUUUUUUUUUUAAUUUUUUUAUUAAUUCGGUUAGGGUUAGAUAGGGUUGCGGUUAGGGUUAGGGUUAGGGGUUAGAGUAGGGGUAGGGUUUGGAUUAGUUACAUAGCCAUUUAACACCUCUUCUAUCUUCCGAAAAUGACGUCAGGUCAGUUUGCUGGAUGGAAAAUAGUGCUAACCGGGGUUUACCCUUUACAAGGUGGGGGUUGGGGGUUGGAAAGACUGAGUUGGGUAGUUACGAAUCUGUAAAAUAAGCUCUGGAUUGGAAGACUUAAGGUAACUGGCAGUGGUGCUGCUGGCACUGCAGGGCAUUUUCCAGCACUGUGUUUUUUCUAUGUUUAUUCUUGCUGAAGCAAAUCAAGUGAAUUCAAAUGCCUCAGAGGAUCUGUGUUCCCAUGGGAAUCUUGAAACUUCAUUCCCUAUAAAGCUUUCACCAUAUCCCCCGGGAAUUUACAUGUUCCUGUCUUCCCAUUGCAAAAGAUACCUUGCUCCCUGUAGAAAGCCCUAUGAGCCCUUCCAUCUUGAAGAUUUUGUGUUUCAGAUACUGAAAUUGACUGGGAAGCUUACAUGCAAGAAGUGGAAGGUUUUUUGAAUGGGACAUAUGAUUACAUGAAGCUUGAAGGUGCUACUGGACCUCUUGUGUAUGUGACAGGAGAUAAACUUGUUUGUUUAACAGUAAUAGAUUAUAAGUAAUUUUUGAAGGGAUUUUUAGAUGGAAUUUUCAAGUGGGAUUAUUUUUAUACAUCUAUUUAAUAGACCUAACCAGGAGCAGUUGCAAAAAAUGCAACUGUCAGCCCUCUGGCAGGAGUUGAACCUGCAGCUCUGCAAUUCUGGUGAAAAACUGCAGUUACUUGAAGCUACUUUAUGUGUGCUUUUUUUAAUUCAUUACAUCCAGCAACCUAACUGCAAAGCAGAGACAGUUCAAGUUUUUCAUAUAUUUACUCAGAUGAUUCAAAGUGUAAACUAUAUAGUUAAGUCAUUUGGUAAGCCUAUGAGCAUGAUUGGAUGCCAUGCCUCUCUCAAUGAGAAGCACAAUGCUCUAAGCAAUAGAUAGACAAUGUGAUAGAACACCAGGCCUUUCAAAGAUUGCAUAUUAACAGUUUGUGUUCUCAUUGCUAUAAGCAAUGAGAACACAAACUGUUAAUAUGAAAUCUUUGAAAGGCCUGGUAUUCUAUCAAAAGAUACCACAUUAUAGAUAUUAAAUAAAUUCAUACUUGUAAACUUUUUCUAUAAACUUUAGCUAUCCUGCUGGGUUUGUGUACAUCUUCAGUGGUCUGUACUAUAUAACUGAGCAAGGAAGGAAUAUAAAGAUUGCUCAAUAUAUAUUUCUUUUGCUCUAUUUGCUGACUCUGGUCAUUCUAUUUGCCAUUUACCAAAAGUCUUUAAAAGUAAGUACAGUGAAAUCCCUUGAAGUACCAAGAUAUCAGCUUGGAUGAAUCUUGUUGAUAGGGUUCAUCUUCUCAGCUGCUUUUAAAUAGUUUCAUUCAAAAUUAGAGCAAUUGUUUCUUGUUUUAUUUUAGGUUCCACCUUUUGUCUUUUUCUUUAUGUGCUGUGCUUCCUACAGAAUACAUUCUAUUUAUGUCCUCCGACUUUUUAACGAUCCUGUUGCCAUGUUCUUCUUCUAUGUUGCCACAUAUUUGUUUAUCAAACAGCGCUGGAACUGGGGAUGUCUUUUCUUUAGGUAAAAUGCAGUUCAUUUUAUAAAGCCAUACAUAUACUCAAAGUUUGUGUCUGCAGAACGAUAGUCAAUACUUCACAAAGAUGACAGCAGCUAAUCAUCUGGUAAAUUGUAAUCUAAUUCUCAUUUCAGUAUAGCAGUCAGCAUAAAAAUGAAUGUUCUGUUAUCCGCACCUGGAUUGUUGGUUUUACUUCUUGAAUCUCAUGGCGUACUGAGAACCAUACCAAAACUAAUAAUAUGUGCCUUACCACAGUUAAUCCUGGCUGUUCCAUUCUUGCUUUCCAACCCUAUUGGUUACCUCGCAAGAUCUUUCAACUUGGGCCGACAGUUUUUCUUCAAAUGGACGGUCAACUGGCGAUUCCUGCCCAAAUGGAUGUUCCACAGUCGAUAUUUUCACGUUUCACUGCUCAUACUCCAUAUUGCUUUUCUUAUUGUUUUCUUUUUUUACAAAUGGAAAGGGUAUGUAGUUUUACUCGUGGUAUGUGUAAAGAAUGGUAAUUAGAGUGACGAAUUUAAGUUUAUACCGUAUGAUGAUGUGCAGAACUUUCAAAAAUCUUUGAUUUCAUAAUUUUGUUAUCUAAUAUUAUAGAUCUCGUGUAAAAAUUGCAGGGUACUUCAAUCAAAACUAUCAGUGUAAAGAAAUUGCUCCCAAUGGUAUCCUUGUUUUAUGACAGCUAAAACAACAGGUCAAGUUGUUGAAACUGCUUAGAUCUGCUUUAUCCAUAUCGUUUCAUAUUCUAUACUAUAUCUAUAUCUGACAGGUACAUGGUCAUUCCUUGACACAACAUAUAGAUAUCUUAGUUUUAUUAUUUACUUCAAAUUUUAUUGGAAUAAGUUUUUGCAGGUCACUGCACUAUCAGUUUUAUGUUUGGUAUUUUCAUACGUUGCCAUUUUUAUUGUGGGAAACGAGAUUGUCUACUCCACUCAGGUGAGUAAGAAUAUUGUACGAUGUCCAAUCGAGAUCUAUUUUAGUUAUGCAUGGGAAUGAGGUCUGGCAUGCACAUGAGCGGUUCUGUUACACAGUUAUUUUAUUAGAUCAACCAUAUUUGGCUAAUCUUGAAUGGUCUCUGCCAGUGUAGGUAGUGCUAGUAAUAAGAACGGCUGCGGAUUGAUAGGGAUACAACUACCUGAAAAUACAAGGAGAACUUCGACGGUGGCUUCUUUAACCUCCCAACAAAAGGCCUUUGCUACAAGUUCUCCUUUUUCAAUCCGAAGCUUUCUUACUAAAAUUCAGUUGCUUAUAGAGCGCAGUGUUAUAGACAAGUCUAAACCAUUGGUCUAGACCAAUACGUCUUCGAUUUCCACAGGGAACCCAUCCCGGGUGUUAUUGAAGUUAUGUAUUAGCAUUACAUGAGAUAUAUAGCUCAGUGUUAAAGCUUGCGAUUUGCGGGCUGGUGCGGGCUAACGCGCGCGUUGAAUUCCACUGUUUAUUCAAUGCGCGCGUUAGCCCGCAGCCAGCCCGCACUGAGCUAUGUAUCUCAUAUGUAAUACAUAACUUCAAUAACAUCCGGGGAUGGGCUCCUGCUGCGAUUUCUUGACCUUUCUUCUUGUUUUUUUUUCAGGAUCUUGAUACUUGGUGUAAUCGAAUUAUGCUGGAAUACGUAUCCUUCCACUCAUCUCAGCUCGAUAUCACUUCAUGUGUGUCACGUGAUUUUAUUACUUUCACUUUUAUUGUACAGUAGAAAGGACACACAAGUUAGUGAAAAGAAAGUUGGUUGAAGUAAACAGUAUUUAUUAUUUUAUCAUUGGGAAUGCCGUUGGAGUUUAUAGUUUGUUUUUUCUAUAGAAUCACUUUAUAAAUCACUAACCCGAAAUUCACAGUCUCAAUCACUAUCACUUCACACUAGCCAUAAAUUUGAUACACCUUACUUAACCUAUGACACAUGCAUUUGAUUGACAGUUUGUUUACUAAAUAUGUAAAUUAACCUAAUUAAUUAGUAUUGCCACAAUUCUCAACAUUAUGAUCACUUGUGGGACAAGAAAUAGAUGUACUUGUGGUUUGUUUUUACUAAAGCAUUUUUACACUGCUGUAUAGUUCAUGUAUGGAGCCUGAGCGACGAAAGUAUCGUCCCAAAUGCAUUUCUGUGAACAAAGAUACAUUUUACAACUUACAAGUUGAUGAAUCUUUCCCAUUUCACAGUUAAAAAAAGUAUUGUAGAAAUAAAAAUAGAAUAUAAAUAAAAUAAUUGACAAUAAACAUAAGUACGGUUAGCAGUAGCAGAAAAUACAUUCUGAAGGAGGAAACCAAUUUGUUAUCCGAUCGUCGUUUCACAAAAAAAGGUGUUAAAUUGUAAAUCGCGCGAGUUUCUGUUUUUUUUUUUAUUUAUUCAGUCAAAUUGGUAUGCAAAUGUCUUAUUUGUAAUCCUACUGAGAAAAAGAGAAAAAAAGUGAGGAAUCUCACGGUAGACGUGUUGUGUUGAGUUAAUUGAAUAAUUGAUUGCUCGUGUCUUGAUCACUCAAUGAUAUAUAUAGGCGGAUCAGGUAUAUCAUGUGACUUCAAAGACGCCAGGUCUGAUAGUCGUCUGAGGCAUCACAUGUGAUAAACCAGUUUCCAAAAUGAAAAUAAAGAGACUUGUCCAAAGGCUUUGCAUGUGAAAAUUGAUUUAACUUGUCUAAAUUUUGUCACUGAGAGAAUGGCAAGCUAAUGUUCCACAUCUGUUACAAAUGAUUUGAAAAUCCAAUUAGCUGAGGGUCAUCCAUAACUAUCAAUAUUUUCAGAAACGUACAAAUCGUACGCACGCUGCUUCAAGAAGGCCGAUGGCG